AUGCCAUAAAUUGAAGAAUAAAAGGUUCGAUCAAAAGUACAAACCUUAAUGAUAAAUUUAAAUAUUGCCUUGGGAUCACUAAAUAUUGGAUACGUUGUAACAUACUUAACUUUAUCAAUUGAUACCUUAUUUGCAGUACUGUAAGAACUAUAUAUAUAAUUAGUGAUAUAAAAGAUGAAGAAAGAACAGAAAAAUUAAGUUUGUUAGCUGGAAUUCUUCCAUUAGGAAAUGUUGCAGGUGUUUUUAUUGGAUAAUUGUUAAAAUAAAAAUUUACUAAUAAAUAAUGUCUUCAUAUUGCAGAUUUAAUCGGAAUAACAAGUUUGUUAGCAGUUAUAGCAAACUAUUAUCUAAUAGUCAUCAUCAGAUUUUUUCUAGGAGUGUCUAAUGGAAUAUCAAGUUAUUUGAUGCCAGUGUAUAUAAAAUCAAUAUGUCCUCAACAAUAUUUCAGUUAGUUUAGUAUGUUUGUAGGAUAUGGAAUAAAUACAGGAUAUGCAAUAGGAUAACUGAUGGGUAUUGGAUAUAUAGAGUAUUAACUGAAAUCUUUAAUUUUUAGUUAUUCAGGUGCAUCAUCGAAUUGGUGGAGAGUAGUGUUCUUAUUCCCAACAAUUAUUUGUAUUAUUCGUUCAUGUAUAAUGUAAUUCAUCUACAAUUAUGACAGUCCUGAAUAAUUAAUUUAGAAGGGAAACAUUUCAUAAGCAAAAUAUGUAUUUAGAUAUUGUAUAAAUAUAGGUUAUUUGUUAAAUCUAUAAAGAUUAAUAUGUAGAUGAAUAAUUUGAAAGAUACAACAAAAUGGCUACUGAACAAUAAUAAUAAAUAAAUAGAUCCUUAUGGAAUGUUUUUGAAAGAAAAAAGUUGAUUACAUUAUAGGCUGGAAUUGUGACAGUAUAUAUCACAACAUAAAAAAUUAGAUGUUGGUAUAAAUAUGGUGUGGAGUCUUUGCAGUAUUUUAUUAUAGUGCUUAAAUAUUUGCAGAUAUGGCUGAUGAUGACGUUGUCUAAAAAACUAUAUAUACCUUUUGUUUAGGAUUAUCAGGAUUUGUGGCUUAAUUUUUUACUAUUUAUAUGGUUAAUAAAUUAGGGAAUAAAUAUAUAUUACGUAAUAUAUAUAAAUAUCUAAUAGUUAUUGGAUCUUUUAUUAUUGGAUCUCUCAACCUAGCAGUUUCCAUUAUUUCAAGAAAUGUUACUCCUGAAAAUGAAUUCGCUAUUUUUAUUCUUUUAUUACUUUUAGUCAUGACUUUUGGAUCUACUUUAUGUCCUGCUGCAUGGGUAUAUAUAAAGUAUAUAUUAUUUAGAGUAUUGUACCAUAACUUAAUGAUAGUGAUGGAACAUUCAUUGCAACUGAAUUUAGAUGGGCAUUUCAGGCUAUCGUAGUAUUCUGUUUUCCUUUUAUGGAAAAAAAUCUUAAAAUAUUUGGUGCUUUUCUAUUCUUUGCUAUAAUUGACUAUUUAUAUUUUAUUUAUUGUCACUUCUUUUUGAUUGAUGGCAGAGGAAAAACAAAUGAAUAAUUAAUAGCAGCUUAUCAUUAAAAAUUUGGGUAUUCAGUUAUUUCUGAAUCAACUAAAUAACAACAAAACCUAAAGACUGAUAUAUAAUAACCUCAAGAUUUUAAUUAAUAACUUAAUAGUAAGGAAAUAGUAAAAAUGAAAAUGAAAAAUGAUUAAGUAAUUUCUUAUGAUUGA